AUGCGGGAUGAGCGACCUCGAAACCCAACUCCGCGACGCACUACAAACCGCGGCCCGCAACGAAAUCCUCCGCAACCCAAACAGCGCAACACAAUUCAAGGCGCAGUCGAAAGCCAACCAGGACCGCAUCAUCCAGGCAUACAGCGCAUGGGUCCUACCCACCAUCCUCCCCAUCAUCAACCAACACAUCGAGGAGACCCACACAUGAGCGGCGACACCACCAUCACCGUCAUCGGCAACAUGGUCGCCGAUCCUGAGUUGCGAUUUACUCCCGCCGGCGCCGCAGUCGCAAACUUCACCGUCGCCAGUACCCCGCGCACAUUCGACCGGACGAAAAACGAGUGGAUCGACGGAGAUGCCCUGUUCAUGCGCUGCAACAUCUGGCGUGAGGCAGCCGAGAACGUCGCCGAAAGCCUCACGCGUGGGUCUCGGGUGAUCGUGUCAGGACGACUCAAGCAACGCUCCUACGAGACUCGCGAAGGGGAAAAGCGCACUGUCGUCGAGUUGGAGGUCGACGAGAUCGGGCCCUCACUCAAGUACGCCACCGCCAAGCCCACCCGCCGCAACAUCCGACGACGCCCCAUUCUGAUGGGCGACCUAGCGAUCACCUCAAACCCUGAAAUCCGCGAAGUCAACGGCGAGGUCGAUGAGUUCCUCGCCAACGGCGCCAACGUCCACCUCGAAGCAAUGUCAGACAACUGCUGGUGGAUCGGUGUCGAAGUACCAGGUGUCGGCACGUGGCACAUCAACCUCGGAGCCGUGAACCCGAAAGCCAAGGCCUACAUCAGCCAGCAGGAGCUCACCGACGCCCUAGCCGAGGUCCGGGACAUCCUCGACGACCUCCGAGAAGCCCAGAAACCACGAAUCGCUACCGCCACCUGGAACCCCAAAGUCAGCACAGGAGACCGGCCGCAACCCUUGCCGUUCAACGUCGCAGCAGUCGACGCCGCCGACAGACUCCUCAUCUGCCUCGAAACAUGGGCAUGGUUCCUCGCAGACGCCCGAGGAAUCACAGCAGUACACGCCACCUGCUCCGGCUACGCAGACUGGCUCACCCGCAACAUCCUGCUACUCGCAGCCACCCCAGGCAGCGAAGCCGCACACCACGACAUCACCACAGAAAUCCGGCACGCACGCAACGCAUCCGGACGCAGCCACCUCCAACCCAUCCCCAAACCCAACCCCCAACGACUCGCCCAAGCACACGCCGAACAACUCAACGCCCGAGGAAUCGCCACCCUCGCCAAACACAUCGGCGCCCAAGGACUCACCAUCCGCCGCAUCAAACACCUACGCGAAACCGGAAAAAUCGUGCCGGUCCGCUACGCGGACAAACGAACCCCCAUCUACCAACUCGGCGACGUACUCAACGCCCACUACGCCACACCCGAACGGAACAGGAUCGCAUGCCCAGCCGCGACCUACUCAUCUGGGCAAUCACCGGAAUCUGGCGCAUGUACACCACAUGAGGAGGACGCGAUGCAAUCACUCCAAGACGAACUCGACCAAAACGAAUGGGACCUCGAACAAGCACGACGCGCAGGCAACCCAAACGCCAUCGACACCCUCCUCGAUGAGCGCAACAACAUCCUCAACACCAUCCACAACACACGCACAACGAGG